AAUUAAUAACUAUAAUGACGCCGUUUCAUCUUUUGAUCUAUUCCUUUUGUUUCCUCUCCCACUCAAACUUUGUUAUUUUUCCAAACCCUAGCAGAGUGAAACACUCAGCCGCCGUCCACUCGUUCCUUCGUUUUCUCAAUUCGUUCGUUCGAUUUCCCUCCACCGCCGUCGAACUCAAAGUAUCCACCAUCUAUCUCCUCCAUUUUCUUCGUUUUCGAUUUCUUUAUUGGGUUUUUCGUUUUCGAUUUCUUUACAUAAGAAGAAAGAUAUAAAACUCCUCAUGGCUGAGAAACAAAGAGGCUACACUUCUUUGCGAGGUUGAAGGCGUAGACAAAGCAUUCACUGUAGCAGCAUGUGGUCAGGCAUUAGUUAAGCAAAAAUAAACUAUAAAAAUGCUGUCUACUAGUGCUGCUGCUCAGCUUCCCAGUUGCUCGUACCGCAUUCCCAGCCAUCUUAACGUCCAUCAUCAUGCCCAACAAAAGAGAAAACUCACCACUAUAUCACUUGCCAAUGCAGAUAGCCAAAUCCCUCUCAGAACCUUCUAUGGUCUAAGUCUUCCUCAGACACACAGUUGCAGUGAAGGGCAAGAAAGCAAUUACAGGUCUAGAUACAAUUCAAAUCAGAACGACAAACACCUAUUCCUUCAUCAAUAUUUCUCACUUGCUGACUCAGAAGACACCAGCAACCAAAAUCCAGAAACCAGAAACCUCAGUCAACAUCAAGUAGACAAACAAAGUGAAUUCAAGAAAAACAACAAAGACAGUACAUUUUUAACUAAGAUGUGGUGGGCAGAUGUGAAAGCGGCAUUUGGACAAAGAAUCAACUUUGAAGGCAUUCUAUGUUCAACUAUGGUGAUCUUAAAAGACCCACAUUUGGCACAGCCCCAUAUUUCAGUUCCUGAUAUAAGAUACAUUGACUGGGCCGCUUUACGUAGAAAGGGAUUUAAGGGUGUUGUCUUUGACAAAGAUAAUACUCUUACAGUACCCUACUCUUUAACGCCCUGGCCUCCACUCGAGUCUUCAUUGGAAUGUUGUAAAUCAGAGUUUGGUCAAGAUAUUGCUGUAUUUAGUAACUCAGCUGGACUUCGUGAGUAUGACCAUGAUAGUUCAAAAGCUAGGAAUCUUGAGAGAAUAAUUGGAAUUAAAGUCAUCAGACACAGAGUGAAGAAGCCAGGUGGCACAGCUGAAGAAAUCGAAAAGCAUUUUGGCUGUGAAUCGUCACAAUUAAUCAUGGUGGGUGAUCGGCCCCUCACUGACAUUGUUUAUGGCAAUCGAAAUGGAUUUCUAACUAUAUUGACAGAGCCAUUGAGUCUUGCCGAGGAGCCAUUUAUUGUUAAGCAGGUGAGGAAGCUAGAAACUACAUUUGUAAAUUACUGGUCUAGAAGAGGGUUGAAGCCACUUGAACAGAAGUUAUUGCCAGAUCCUAGACACUGCGUCAAAGAGCCAUGUCCUUGACGUACUUUGUCUCCAAAAUACAUAUUUUUUGGGUCAUGAAUACUACUGUUCUUUAGUAAUGCAUACAAGUCAAUUUUACUUAAAAAUUUAUGUAUCUCCCUCCUUUUAACCUAUCUUUUUGUCAAGUUAAGUUAUCUUCACUACUUAGCCUUUGUUGAAAACACGGUUAGUAGCUGAUUGACGUCGCACGAUCAGGCUGAAGUUCAAUUUUGUAGCGUUCACAUUGAUGAACACUGGGACGUAGUAUCAACGUAGUUCCAAACACGAUAUUAAUGUUCCUUCAAAUUGGGUUUAGAAAAAUUAGAGAAUUUUUAUACAUUUUUUGUUUUGGUAACUAAUUUUUAUACAUUUUUACAUUCUAAAUAA